AUGGACCACACCCGCGAUCCCUGCCCCUGGGUCAUCCUCAAUGACUUUGGCGGUGCUUUUGCUAUGGGAGCUAUCGGUGGAACGGUAUGGCACGGUAUCAAGGGCUACCGUAACUCGCCCUAUGGUGAAAGAAGAAUUGGUGCCAUCUCAGCCAUCAAGAUGCGCGCUCCCGUACUGGGAGGAAACUUUGGAGUUUGGGGAGGUCUUUUCUCAACAUUCGACUGCUCCGUAAAAAGUCUUCGUGGACACAAGGAGGAUCCUUGGAACAGUAUCGCCGCUGGUUUCCUCACAGGUGGUGCGCUAGCCAUCCGUGGAGGAUACAAGGCCGCCCGAAACGGUGCCAUUGGUUGCGCGCUGCUUCUUGCCGUUAUCGAGGGUGUCGGUAUCGGUUUCCAGAAGAUGUUCGCGGGUAGCACAAAGCUGGAGAUGCCGGCGCCUCCUCCUUCCGACGAGAGAGCUCUUGCAUAA